AUGCUGCUGCUGGUGCUAUAUUAUCUCAUCAGCUCAUCUGAAGCGAAGAAGUUACCAGAUGUCUACUGGAAUUCAACAAAUUCUUUGCUAGAACGAUACGUUUCCAUUGGUGAUGCGAUGGACAUAAUUUGUCCGUACUACGAUCAAAAUGAUGUGGAAUUUACAGACACUGAACAGAGCAUCAUCUAUAGGGUUUCCGAGUCUGACUACGAAACUUGCACCCUUUCGACGGCAGCACGAGAACUGGGCCGAUGCAUUUCACCAUUGAGACGAGACAAGGUCAAAGUUUCCUUCCGGCUACUUAGCCCCAAUCCAUCGGCUUUAGAUUAUCGUCCCGGGCAUACAUAUUACUUUAUAACCACCUCAACCGGAACUCCAUGGGGUUUAGACAACAGAAAAGGUGGUCUGUGCUCUACGCAUCAACUAAAAAUGAUUAUUCAUGUUGGAGACUAUGGUCAUCAUCAUCAUCGACAUCAUAAACCUACAACAACUACAGCUCAGCCACCAGCACAAAAUGACUUAGAUUGGCCAGCUGAUCCUCUAUGGACUAAUCUUAUCCAAAAGGUGGAAGCAGUGGGUAACACAAUUUUGUCGACCGUAACCCGAGGCGAACGAGUAACACUAGAUGUUGGCAAUGAAAGACACGAAUACGAAUCGGUACCCUUGGACGAGCUCGACUUCCAGAUACACGAAAUUGGAGACGAUCAUUCUGUCUUCCUUAGAGCGGAAGACUUCUUGCAAAAACCGCACUGUUCGAAGAGCUUUGAUCAUAAAACACCUAAUGCUACUCGAGUGAAACGCGACUGGAGAAGAAAUCCAUAUUUGGGCUACCAAAUACAUUUCGGGAAACGCAUCCAUGAGGGUAUAUCACAGUUUGAAGAACCUUAUGUCGAAUAUUCCUUGAAUAAAAAUAAACGAUGGAAUGAGAUCCAGGCGAUAAUCCAAUCGGCCAAAGCGCAGAACAGCACCGCAAUCGUGACACUCUCUACGCCAAAACGUGGUUGCAAUUGGUGGGAUACUGAUGGUGGACUGAUAGAUGCGACUAAACUUGAUGAUCGUCUUGUAUCGAGAGCCGCGCAAAAAGGAAAAUCUAAAAAUAUGACAUUAGUAUCGAUAUGCGGUCUAGAUGGUAAACCUACACUGCAUUUUAGCGUUGUUCGAUGCUACAAUGAUACUCAUUACGAUUCACAAUUACUAAAAUACCGCAGACGACUUCAACAUCAAAAACGCCGAAGCUAUUGCAAGUACUUCAGAAGGCCAUACAUGGAAGAGGAUUUAGUUUUGACCGAAAAUGACUAA